CUUCUACCCGCCAUACCAGCAGUUACUGCGUGGAUUGGACGUAAACGUCACAUCCUUUUCCUUUAUGGCAGUGCCCGUGGCCUAGUUGAAAAUAAAGCAACAUGGCUCAUGUCCUUUUUCUUAAUCUAGUCUAUGUAAAAAAGAUUGUAUGGCAUUUUGCAAUCCCAAGUAACGAGAAGUAGUGAAUUUCCAGCGUCCUGAUAAAGCGUCUCACAUUUUGAAGUAGCCCUUACCUAGGAUUGGCAGACAUUCAAGAGUGAGAUGCUGGCCCAGGGGGUCGCCCAUGCCCAGAGGGUGCUGUCAUCUCUAAAUCAGCAGAGGAAGUUAGGCCAGUUCUGUGAUGCAAUGCUGCGUGUAGGCCCUGGGGAGGCACAGCCUGUCCACCGCAACAUCCUCGCCUGUUUUAGCCAACUGUUCCAGGAGUUUCAGUCAACCUCCACCCCAUGCAUGGAGGUCAGUCUACCCCUGGAGUGCUCUACUGAUGGUCUUGAACUGGUCCUAGACUUCUUCUACACCGGGGAGCUAGAUCUCAACUCUGUGAACAUGGAGAAGGUGCAACAGGCUGCAGUCAGCCUCAGUGCUCCAGAUGUAGUUGCUCUUUGUCAGCAGUUUGCAGCGGAGGCCACAGGUGUUCUAGUGGGACCUCAAAGUGCAGCAGAGGGCCACAUUAAGUCUUCUAUGGGGACUCCAACAACUAUCCGUAAAAGGGGGAGGCCUAGAAAAUCCACACUGGAGAUCUGUAUCGAUUCCAAAACUGAAGAGAUACCAGUAUAUGUCACGCAAGGCAGCGCCGAUUCAGACACAACCACAAUCACCACCAUUACUCGCUCUGGGCGGAAAGUCAAGGGCCCCAGAAGACUUCUGGGUGAGGGCCCUGCCUUGGAGAUCACUCCCCAGGGGAAAGCCAGCAGGGCGGGCCCACCACCUACGGAUGAGAAGAGGGAUGGCGUUGUGGAAAAGAACAACCAACGUCUUCCUCAGCCUGCUACUGAAAAAGAGGUGCCUGUACAGGAGGAUGUGGUGAAGGAUAAAGAUGGCUUUGAUAACGACGAUGGUGAUGAUAAUGAUCGUGGAGGUACUGAUCUGUUUUAUGAAGACUCAGAUGAAGAGUACAUGCCUCCAGCCAGUCCCACAGCCACUACUCGACGCAAGGGCAAGGCCAUUGCUGAUAAAAAAGAGAAUGGAGAGGAAGACCGUUCCAAAACGGGGUCUGUCCAGUGUCCCACCUGUAAAAAGACAUUUCGUAGUAAAUACUACCUCAAAGUCCACAACAGGCGUCACACAGGUGAAAAGCCGUUUGCUUGCAUUAAGUGUGGACAGAGAUACUUCAGGAAGGAGAAUCUUCUGGAGCAUGAGAGCAGAAAUUGUGCAAAAAUGAUGGAACACCGUUGUCUGCUGUGCCCUUUGACAUUUAAGAGGAGACAGGAACUGCGUUUGCAUACAGUCUCUCAUACAGGAGACAUGCCCAAUAAGUGUACAACAUGCACAGAGCAGUUCAUGCACAAGAGAGACUUGACAAUUCACUUAAUCAAGGUCCAUGGCUUUCCUAAACCACACGCUUGCUCCGUGUGCCCCAAAUGCUUCCUGUCCCGGACUGAGCUGCGCGUGCACGAGGCGUCCAAGCACCGGGGUGAGAAGCCGUUUGUGUGUGAGGAGUGUGGCCACCGAGCCUCCAGCAGAAAUGGCCUCCAGAUGCACAUCAAAGCCAUCCACAGGAACGAGCGGCCGUUUGUUUGUGGGUUUUGCGGCCAUGCGUUCACUCAGAAGGCCAACCUGAACAUGCACGUCCGGGUCCACACAGGAGAGAAGCCCUAUCAGUGUCAUCUCUGUGGCAAGACCUUCAGGACCCAGGCCAGUCUAGACAAGCACAACCGUACCCACACUGGGGAGCGACCCUACAGCUGUGAGUUCUGUGAACAGCGCUUCACAGAGAAGGGCCCACUCCUUCGCCACAUUGCCAGCAAACACCAGGAGGGUCGGCCGCACUGCUGCAACAUAUGCAACAAGACAUUUAAAGCUAUCGAGCAACUCCGGGUCCACGUGCGUCGUCAUAAAGGCAUGAGGAAGUUUGAGUGUAAAGACUGUGGCUACAAGUUCACCAGACAGGCUCACUUGCGGCGCCACUCCCAGAUCCACAUACGCGUGGACAACUACAACCCCCGCCAGAGGAGGCUGAGGAACCUGAUCAUCGAGGAGGUGGAGGGAGGCCAGAGUGAGGCCGACUCCUCCCAACCCACCGAGGAGACCAGCCUGGAGGACGCAGCAGCAGGGGCUGGCUCUGCCUCUCUCCCAGAGUCCUGUGACGACGUCCAGGUGAUGAUCCAGCCCAGCGCCCUGGAGCUGGAGGAAGUGGUGUCCAGCCAGAGCGUGACCCUGGGGGAGGUGGCACAGGGCUUCAUAGUGCCUGCUGUCCUGGAGUAGAAGAGGCUGGCAGUGGUGGUGACUGAGCUGCAAGGAGCCACCUCAGAGCUAGGCUGCACAGACAGACACACACACAAACAAAAUAAGCCCUGUGUGCUAAAAUUGCACACAGAGAAUUGACUCCUCAUUGGAUGACUGCUUGCUUUCCCUAACGACUCCAGCCAGUGGCCAGUCAGUAGUCUCAUUUAACCAAGCAAGAUAUUCUCCUGUUCAACGGACAAUGUUGCUUCUGACCAGACUGUUCCUGGUUCACUGUAGCUCUUUUUUACAGUUAUCUUUUUUUAUUUUUUAUGAAAUGCAUCAUCAUCUUGUGCAGUACAUCAUGUUAUACAGAUUAGCUGGAUAGGCUGUGGAGAAUGGGAAUGGAGCCUUCUGUAAAUAUGUUCCCCUGCAUCAAACCAAUGACAGACUGAUUAAAUAGACAGAAAAUUU